CAUAUAUCCCCCGUCGUGCUUGUUUACUUAAACUUGAUCUCAAGCUUCAAUUUCAUCAUGAGACUUCGCCGGUCUAUCGCAAAAGUCUAGCAUCCUCAAGAUCUUCUCCAUCGAACGUCUCCCAAAACGUCUCCCAAUAAUGGCCAAUCCAACGUCCUCACUACCCCCAAAGUCCUCACGACAUCCCCUCCUAACAACCCUCUUCACAACCAUCUUCGCCCUCCUCGCAGCCGCGGGUGUCUACUUCAUCCGCAUCCAACCAGGCCACACCUCCUUCACACAAAACCUCACCAACCUCGUCGAGACGGGGAGACUUCAAGAUGGCUCCCGCCUCUACACAACCUACACCGGUCUCAAGCCGCUCGACCUUGGCCUCACCUACCUCGUCGCCUCCUUCGCCCAGGGACCCCUGAACCUCAACGAGGCGGCGAGGAUCCAGCAGAUACAUUUUCUGCUCAACUUCUUCCCGGCGGUAGUAGUCUUCAACAUUGAGGCCUAUCGAUCCAGGAACCGAUGGAGUUUCCUCAGCUUUCACGCCGCCUGGGCAGCCCUCUACCAAACAGUAGGCGGCGGCGUCAUAAUCCCCCUCUACCACCUCGCCUACACCCUCCUCACCACGAGGAAAACCUACCUCGUCUCCGGCGGCGACGUGCCUCUCCCCCUCGCAAAGGCCCUCCUCCCGGCCACCCUACUCCUCUUCGCCCUCCCGACCGCGGCAAUGUACUACCCCUGGUCCUUCCCCCGCCUCGCGCAGAACCUCAUCGCCUUUUGGCAGGCCGCGCCCGUCCUCCUCAAUGCUGGGAUAUGGCUCCUAGCAAGCACAAUCUACAAGUCUUCACCCGAGAGGACCGCCACCCCUGAGGCCAAGAAGACGACGAUGACGACCGCCCGCCAGCAAACAACCCUCGCCCUCCGUCGCCUCUACUCCGCCGCCAUCCUCGUCGCAGCAGCAUCCCAUUUCUACACCCUCUCCACCCUCUUCACUUCCCAAAACAAAUCUUUAACCCUGACGAAGGUUUUCCUCCCGCUCAACGACAUCUCAACCGGCGACGUCGGCCCAGGCCUCUUCCAAAUCUUCCAAUGGGAUUUUUGGCUCAUCUUUGGCUCCUCGAGGCUGUGGUGCGCCCUCGUCGUCUACGACGUCCAGAAGCAGCGGCACGGCAAGGUCGACCUCAAAAAGUUUCUGGCGUACUACGUCAUGGCCAACAACUUGGAGUUAAUCGUCGGGCCGGGGGCCGUGUUGGCGGGUGUCUGGCGGUGGAGGGAGGACAGGUUGGUCGAGAUUGAGGCGGAGGCUGGUCGUCUGCAGAAGGAGCAUUCUCUCUAGUGAGGAGAGAAAGAGAGAGAGAGAGAGAGAGAGAGAGAGAGAAAGAGAGAGAGAGAGAGAGAGAGAGAGAGAGAGAGAGAGA